AUGACUACGGAAGAGGAUCAGAUGCAAGGACCAAGCGGCAGUGAAGAAAAGAUUUAUGUGUCUGUUCGUCUGCGACCUUUAAAUGACAAGGAAAGCUUAAGGAAUGCUGUGCCGGAUUGGGAAUGCAUCAACGAUGCUACAAUCAUUUACAGGAGCCAUCUUUCUAUCUCUGAGCGUUCCAUGUAUCCUUCUGCUUACUCAUUUGACAGAGUGUUUGGCCCUGAGUGUUGUACGAGGCAAGUGUAUGACCAAGGCGCAAAGGAAGUGGCUUUCUCAGUUGUCAGUGGCGUUAACGCUAGUGUCUUUGCAUACGGGCAAACAAGCAGUGGAAAGACGUACACUAUGACUGGAAUUACUGACUGCGCCUUGGUUGAUAUUUAUGACUACAUUGACAAGCACAAGGAAAGAGAAUUCAUUCUAAAAUUCUCUGCCAUGGAGAUCUAUAAUGAGUCUGUAAGGGAUCUCUUAAGUACAGAUAGUAGCCCGCUCAGACUUCUAGAUGAUCCUGAGAAAGGGACAGUUGUUGAGAAACUCACAGAGGAAACUCUGCGAGACUGGAAUCAUUUCAAGGACCUCCUAUCUGUCUGCGUAGCUCAACGGCAAAUUGGAGAGACAGCUCUAAAUGAAGUUAGCUCCCGGUCUCAUCAGAUUUUGAGAUUGACAGUUGAAAGCACAGCUCGUGAUUUUUUCACCAAUGAUAAAUUUAGUACACUAACAGCAACAGUGAACUUCAUUGAUCUUGCUGGAAGUGAACGUGCAUCUCAAUCAUUAUCAGCCGGCACAAGGUUAAAAGAAGGUUGUCAUAUAAACCGAAGUUUAUUAACGCUCGGAACUGUGAUCCGUAAGCUAAGUAAAGGGAAAACUGGGCACAUUCCAUUCAGAGAUUCAAAACUUACACGCAUACUACAGUCUUCCUUGGGAGGAAAUGCUAGAACUGCCAUAAUCUGUACGAUGAGUCCUGCAAGAAUCCAUGUUGAGCAAUCAAGAAACACACUGUUGUUUGCGAGCUGCGCAAAGGAGGUGACAACAAAUGCACAAGUCAAUGUUGUCAUGUCUGAUAAAGCUUUAGUAAAACACUUACAAAGGGAGUUGGCUAAACUGGAAAGUGAGUUGAGAAGUCCUAGUCAGCCUUCGGUUGCUUCUGAUACAACUGCAUUAUUGACGGAGAAAGACCUCGAGAAUGAAAAGCUAAAGAAAGAGGUAGUCCAACUAGCACAAGAGCUAGAGCAAGCUCGUUUCGAGAUUGAGGAUCUUCGACGAAUGGUUGAAGAAGAAAAACAGCGAGAAAAAGAGAGACUAUCAACAGAAAGAGCAGAGUUGAAUGCGCUGCUGGAACAUCAGUACCCCAAGCUGCGGGUGCGCAGUACAUGGGAAUCUGAGAAUACAACACCAUUAAGCCCAAUAUCAGCUCACCGUUCUAGUCUGUCUCCACGAUCAACUGAAUACAGUUACGAAGAGAAUGUCUUGCAGCUUUCAGAUUUCAGGAUAGAUUCUGGGUCAAGCAGUCCAUUUCAACAGCUUGCCUUUGUAACUCGAUCCCCUAAGGUUCCACCUAGUAUUCACGGGACAGAAACUAAAGACCAAUCUCAAGUUCACAUAGAGGAAAUUGUAGACGAACCUCAUGUUCAGGAGGAAAGGCUUAAUGAAAUGGCUGACCAGACUGAUGGAAAUUCGGAGGAUAACUGCAGGGAAGUUCGUUGCAUAGAAACAAACAAGUCAGAUGUCAAUAUACAUCCAGAGGAAAAUAUCACGAAGAGCAGUCCAGACAGAUACUCAGAUGUCACUAUACAUCCAGAGAAGAAUAUCUCGGAGAGCAGUCCACACAGAUACUCAGAUGUCAAUAUACAUCCAGAGGAAAAUAUGUCGGAGAGUAGUCCAGACAGAUACUCAGAUGUCACUAUACAUCCAGAGAAGAAUAUGUCGGAGAGCAAUCCAGACAAAUACUCAGAUGUCACUAUACAUCCACAGGAAAAUAUGUUGGAGAUCAGUCCAGACAGAUACUCAGAUGUCACUAUACAUCCAGAGAAGAAUAUGUCGGAGAGCAGUCCAGACAGAUACGACGCUAUGAAGGCAGAAGAACCAGAAGAACCCAUAGUAGCUGAAGAGGAAGAAAGAGAAGAGGAAGAAGAAUCUGAAGAAGAAGAAGAAGCCGAAGAAGAAGAAGAAGAAGAAGAAGAAGAAGAAGAAGAAGAAGAAGAAGAAGAAGUUGAAGAGGAAGAAGAAGAAGAAAGAGUAAAGGAAGUCAAUGGCGCCUCUUCUCAACCAAAACAAGAAAGCGAACUCAUUGAAGCCCUUCCAUUCUGCGGUCUCAAAUCUUCUCCAGAUGAGUAUGAUACAAACAUGUCUAACCCUGCAAUAAACCCGAUGCCUUCAGUACUUAUCAAUCCCUCUCCUGAAAAGCCUUUUGCUUGGCAUACCCAGAGAGAUUCACGACCGUUCAGAGGCAUGAAACUGACUAGAAGUCUAAGCUGCAGAGCAAGUAUGUUAUCGAGCUCUUCCCCCACUUGGUUUGAGAAAGAUGCUGAUACACCGCCAAGCCGGUACGACAAAGAAUUUGUCAAAGAAGCUGAGAGAAACCUGGCAAUGUGCGACAUGAAGAAUGAGAGGUUGUUGCAGGAUGAGUUUAGCGGGAGGAGCAUGCCAACAACUUGGCUCGAUAGAAGCGUGAGUGACACUCAAACGGUGCAUGCUGCUUCACAUGGUGUCAGAAUUGAUAUGUCAUCACCAAACAAAUCACCGUCCCGCCCCUCUGAUGUUUCUGUGUUUGAGAUUCAGACAAGUGGUAGAGCUUCAACAAGCGAGGACAAAACAGAGGAGACUGCUGCUCAAAAAGACAAGCGGAUCAUUCAUCGCUCGAUACUAGAAAUAGAACACAAGUUCUUGGCCAUGAGUUCGACAAAGAGUUUCAAAGACGCUGCAUUGGACCCAAUACAAGACUACUUGGGCACGCCUUUGAAUUGGCCGUUGGAGUUCAAGCGGCUACAGAGGGAGAUAAUAGAGCUGUGGCACACGUGUAACGUCUCCAUGGCCCACAGAAGCUACUUCUUCCUUCUCUUCAGAGGAGAUCAGAAAGAUUGCUUGUACUUGGAGGUUGAGCUUCGUAGGCUUAAGUACAUCAGCAAAUCUUUUUCCCAAAAUAGCAAAUCCAGCGACGAUGGACACAAUCUGAGCCUAAUGUCUAGCACGAGGGCGUUGACGAGGGAGAGGUUUAAGCUGAGCAAGCUGAUGCAGAGGAAACUAUCGAAAGAAGAGAGAGAGAACUUGUUCUUGAGAUGGGGCGUUGGGCUCAACACAAGGCACAGGCGGGUCCAGCUGGCGAACAGACUCUGGUCGGAUUGCAAAGACAUGAGUCAUGUCCGAGAGAGCGCUUCCCUCGUUGGUAAGCUCAAUGGAUUCGUGGACAUGAACUUGACUUCCACGGACAUGUUUGGCAUCAACUUUGCUUUCAGGCCCCCUCGUCCCAAGAAAUCUAGUAUUUGGAAACGCAGCGUUUUGUCCCUCUCCUUUUUGUAA